AGCUGCAACAAACUUUAUUAGCACACACCGAACACUCCUCCUCUGUAUGUCAUGCAAAGGUGUCAUGUAGUUAGCAAUGUUAAGUCAGUAAUUAUAUUUUGUCACAGCGUUUCUCGUAACUACCGUUUCCUGACGGUGUAGAAUACUUUUUAAAAUCAAAUGGUUUGGAAUCGCUACUUUUUUCAUUUAAUUUACUGCUGUUUCCUGUGUUGUAGCUCACCUGUACAGCUGCCCAUGGUAAAGAUGCUUCUCCGGAUGUUGUGGCCCAGAGUGGGAGCUCUUGGGCCUGUAGAGAGAAAACCAGUCUGCAUCUGUGCCACUGCCAGUCUGUCCCAGUCUGUCCAGUCACACAAGUAUGAAUCCAAGCCCAGGACUUUAAACUGGUCUGACACAUGGACCUUUUCAGGGACCUGUUCUUUGAAUCCUCUUCACCAACCGCAGAAGCAAAUAAGACAUGUUCUGCCUGCUUCAGGUGGAUUUAAAAGUCUCAGCGGCCCUUUGUUUACUGACCAUGGGAUACUGACUAAAUGUGGACAGAAGCGUUUUUAUUCACCCGACCUUGUGAAGUCAGUGUUAAAACCCAGUCUAAAACCAGCAAUGGUUCCGGGAAAAAGGGUUCCCAAAGGACCGAGAACAAAACAACCCUCUAGAGCUAAUCAGCCUUCUUUGAAUGAAGACAAGGACAUGAUGCAAUGUAUUGCCUUUGCAACAGCAGAUCAGUAUCAUUUGCCAACACUUUGCCACGACUUGAUAAGCCACGGCUUCCAAGAGAUAGAUUUACCAAGAGAUGCCUCAAAUGUGCUGGUGAUAAGCACAGACAUGGCAGCAAAACCAGAUGACGAUGCUCUAAUGUUCUUCUUCAGGGAAGGCUCAGUAGUUUUCUGGAAUGUUGAGGAGAAAACGAUGAAAAAGGUGAUGAGGGUACUGGAACAUCAUGAGAUCCAGCCCUAUGAAGUAGCAUUAGUCCACUGGGAAAAUGAGGAAAUUAACUACAUACUUGGAGAGGGAAAUACAAAGCUUGAGCGCGGCAACUUUAUUCUGAGUGACAAGAUGGAUCAACAUGAAGCCGUUUUGGAGAAGUUUGCAUUUUCAAAUGCACUAUGUUUGUCGGUGAAGCUUGCGAUAUGGGAGGUGUCAUUAGACAACUUUGUAGAGUCAAUUCAAUCAAUCCCGGAGACGCUGAAGUCUGGUAAAAGAGUUAAGUUGUCCUCUGCAGAAGUGAUGAAGAAGAUAGGAGAGCUUUUCACGUUAAGACACUGUAUAAACCUGAGGUCUGACCUGCUCCUCACACCUGAUUUCUACUGGGACCGAGAAAACCUGGAAAAACUCUAUGACAAGACCUGCCAAUUCCUCAGCAUCAACCGCAGAGUCAAUGUUGUGAAUGAGAAGCUGGAACAUUGUACACAGUUAACAGAUCUGAUGAGGAGCCACCUGAGUGAGAAGCACAGCUUGAGGUUGGAGUGGAUGAUAGUCAUCCUCAUUACUAUUGAGGUUUUGUUUGAACUUUCAAAAAUGAUCUUCUAAACUGCUCCACCAACAAAGCACAAAUAGAGGCACUAGAAGUUCCUGUGAAAGAAUGCUGCACUAUACAAAGGUACUUUGUCAGUAAUAUUUUCUUCAAGCAACUAAAAUUGUGAAAUGGACCUAAUUAAUUUUGAAUGUCUUACUGUUCCUGUUGUACAAUAGAUGCAUUUCAAAAACACACAAUAAAUAUUUGUUUUCUUUUCUUUUUUCUUUUUUUACCAUUUCAGUACUGUUUUACUGAAGGUCAUGGCCCUGCAGGAUUGUAUUUGCUAAAAAAACCCAGACUUGUUAAUUUUGGGAUCAGUUGGCCACACAGCUUUAUUUUGGCUUUGUUUGCUGCAUUUAUGUUUAACACUGUUUAUUGCACUUUUAAGUUAUGAGCAAAACUCUAUGAAUCUGUUUCACUAUGAAAGAUACUGUUUUUUAAAGCACAUAAUUGGGACACAAGGGCAGAGAGUCACACCUUGACAUGUGACAUUAUUCUUUUGACACUAGCAGUAGGAAAAAGAAAGCAAGAUGCGAUCAAGUCCGUGAACUCCAACUGUGUGCUGUGUUAUAGUAGAUUGAAUAAAGUGUCUACUUUAAAUGUU